AUGAGCUCAAAUCCUACAGGUGACGUCGAGCCCGCCCGCCUCUGGAACUCAGCGGUGGUUGAGUACAACGUUGGCAAGAAACCCGAGCAUCAGAUAAAAGCAAAUCAUAGCAAGGCAGACGACUUGGCCAAGGAGCGAGACAGUGCGCUGAAGUCAUUCGAAGUCCAGCGACAUGACGGUGGUUUGGUGGAUCGAAUCCGAACAUCGCUGGGAGCAGCCUGCCAGGCAGCCCAGGUUGCUGUCCAGCCCAUCGGCAACCUUUUGAGCAACAUCUAUCCGCCCGCCUCCGCUAUUUCGCAAGCACUCACUCUUGUCUUAGGAGGCUGCGGAGGUGUGACGGACAAGCUGGAUCAGAUCGAGACCUUCUACCAGACUAUACAAUUCUUCUUUGAGAGACUCGCUUUGCUGGAGAAAAGGAUGCCCCAGCAGCACGCCUUUCAAGCCCCGCUCACUAGAGUCUUCGUAGCAAUUCUGAACAUCAUCAAACACACCGAAGACUAUGUCAGGAAGGGCAGAUUCAUUGCCUUUGGUAAGGGCAUAUUUGGAAGGGAUGGAGGGCUUGCGGACUCAUACACCGAGUUCAACCACCGAAUCAACGAUCUCGAAGACUUGAAGGAACUGAGUGGUGUGACGCACAUGAUAUACGGCAGGUUGUCAGACUUGGUGGACAUGCAGAGAACGGCAAUGACACGACCUCCAGAAAUUCGGGGAUAUUCAGAGCACACAAUGCGUGCCAGUGCUCAGCGGUGGUCCAACAGUGGGACUGACUCGGCAAGUCGCAACUUCAGAGUCCUCGAAAGCGUUCUGGACUGGCUGUCAACCGGGGCUCCUGUGUCUCCUAGGCAUCGACUGAACGAGAUGGAACGCUCCUAUGUCCCCGGAACCUGCGUGUGGGUUGAUGGAAAUGAGCAUUUGAGUGCAUUGUUGAAAUUCGACCCUCAAAAUAUUGUUCGCACAGUCUGCAUCACCGGCAAGCCUGGAACGGGACGGAGCAUGUUGGCAUUCUACAUCUUCGGCCUCUUAAAGCACAGGCUCCAGGACGAUAUUUCCAGGUCCUAUGUGGUCUACUUCAGCUUCAGUGACGAUCAUGGAAAUACAUGGGAUGGGACAUCUCUAGAAAAGGCCGUUUUCAAGAAAAUAAGACUGUAUCUGGUUCUCGAUGGCAUCGACCAUUGUGAGAAGUUUCCUAAGAACUUACAGACGAUUUCUAAGGACUAUCCGCAAAGUCGAUUCGUCCUUGUUACCCAGAAGACAGACCUGUUCAAAGAAGGGUCCGUCAUCAAAAGGACCGAGGCUGAACUUAGACAAGACCUGCGACUCUUCUCCAAGGCUCGUUUACAGACUUUCCCCAAUCUCCAGCGGCGCAGAGAGGCGCGCCAAGACAAAAUUGUAGAUAUCAUUUGCAGCAAGGCCGACACCUUUCUCUACGUUCUUGACGCCCUCCGACGUUUUAGUGACAGCGAAAACCUACAGCUUGUCGACGACAAUGUCCCAAAAGAUACCGAUGAUGCGCAGAAAGCUGUGUUUUCGGCGUGCAUCACGAAACUAAAAAGACGGAACCAACAGCUCCAGUGCGUCUGGACGUGGCUGGCGUGGUCGAAAGGUCUCAUUACCCUCGGAGCAGCGAAACGACUCGUGAAGCUGGUUUCUGAAUGGCCAGAGAUACUGAAGGCAGAAGGCGGGGCCGAUCUCGACAUCGAGAAGGAAUUGAACAGCUUAUUAUCUCAAAUUUUCUCCCUCACUGCAGACGUCCGCCGAGACUACAGGCACACCGAUCAAGUCUUGGAGGACGAGGACAAUGACGAAAACAACGAUCUCAACUACGACUCCCGCGUGCUGAUGUUCAAAAUGGUCGGGAGCAUUCUUACUAUGGAGGAUGAAGAAACCUCCGCCCAUUACGAGCUGAUUUCAUACGCGUCAUCGUUCUGGCUCGAGCACUUGGAAAGCCUUGGGGCUGAAACGCUAUAUAACGAUACGGAAAUAUCAAUUGUUGUCUGCACGACAAUCCAACUUCUCGACAAUAACCAGGCACUAAGGCGGGUGCAAAAUGCGGUGCAAAAUGCGAUUGAUGCCGACCAGGCUUCCAAGCCUUCGAUUUUCGGAAAAUCCAGCUUGAAAAUUGUCAAUAGCUUUCUACAAAAGGCAGGAGAAAGGAAGCUCAAGUGGAGAGAAACCCAGCAGAGUGAAGAUCCACAACAAAGCUUAACGAAGCACAUUCCGAAUUUCCAUACAUAUCUUGCUUCAAGGCAUGUCAACAUCUGGUGGACUUGCAACACUCCCCGCGAGGCAUAUACCUCCUUUCGACUGGCACACCAAAUCCUCGCUUUGAAAGCCACAAAAAAAGAAGCAGCUGAAGAAUGGAAGCGCAUCAAGGAGACUGACUUUGAUGGUUCUGAGGAGAGCAACUUGGAAAGAAUUCGCGAGCAAAUUAUAUUCGUCUCCGAGGCAUUUGAUGAGAGUAGAAAUAGAGACGGGAAGUCAGACACGAAAGCCGAUAGGGAAAGAAAAAGAGGGAAAGCAAUGCGGCUCUUAGGCCGUUCUAUGGCCUUCCGGUUCGACCAUCACUACCAAAAAGCCACUGACGACGUUCGAAAGGGAUCGGAACUGGUACAUGUUGACGAUGGAACGAAAGUUGAUAAGGAUGAAGAGCGAUGUCUCAGAGAUGUGGAGUUCGAAAUGCACAACAGGAUGGGACGCAUCUACUUUGGCUGGGCGGAGAAGAAGGAAAAUCCCGAGGACGCCAACAAAGAAUUCAAAAACGCUCUGGGAGCCUUCCAAAAGGCAAUCAAAGUUCAUGAGGACAUUCACAAGGAACCCAUGGAUGACAAGAAGCCCACAUACGACAAGGAGCGAGGAGAGAAGUUAAACAUGAUAUAUGCGCUAAAAGCAUUGAUGGAAGCCAAUAUGUGCGGGAUUGAAGCCGAUCUGAAUAUGACGAAAGAGUUCCAGAGCAGCAUCAAACGUAUUGGGGACACAAUCGGACCUAAGCGCAGGACACUCAUUUAUUUUGACGACAUGAUCUUGGCACUCGCUACACGGGAAAAGUGGAAUCUAAUCGCUGGUGAUCUUCUGGAAGCCGUUCCCGAGAAGCAACUGGCCACGAACUGCUCGGCAGAGACGCACGAGUUACUUCAACUCGCUGCAAACCAAUCCGAAAAGUGCGCAGGCCUAAUGGAGAAGUACAAAGAGGCGAUCCGAGUUUCCGAAAACGACACAGCAACUCUGCCGCUGAACUCAAUACGUGUUUCAUGGGCGGCGUGUAUUCGACGUUCUGGUGAAUAUGAGCAGAAGCACCGAGACGUGCAGAAACACCUGGAAGCGGCACUCAAACCAAGAGUGUGGGGCGACAUCGAGGCCGUCAUCGGGGCCAGCUGGCAGCUGGCAGAUAUGCUCCUGGAAGAAUUCCGUCUCGCCUCGACCGGCGACGCAGACGAAGUGUUGACCGUCAAAGAGAUGACACGGGGCAAGAUGAAGAAGCUUCUGCAGAAGGUCCAGGGUCAAGUCCCGAAUUUCCAGGCCGAGCUGUCGUUUAUCAGCAUUCCUUUGGCCAUCAUGGAUCGCGACCUGGGACCUACGGCGGCGUUCAAGACCCGCACCGACGCAAUCUUCCUGGCUUGCUUCAAAGCCUUGACAGAUGACGACGUCGCCAACGACAAACCGAGCUUGCAGGUGCUUGCCAAGCUGCUCUCGCUCUUGGGGCUGGAUAAGGAUGCACGGGUUGCAGCCUCAUGCCAGUUCUACAGACUCGAUGGGAGCCCGCCAGAUCAGGAUAGACAGGUGAAAAACGCCAACAGAGGGAGUUCAACAAGAAAAUCGAGAAAGGAUCGAAAGGGUGAGCCCAGAGUCGCGCAGUUGCGUGUCCCCUGCAGCACAUAUGGCAAAUCACUCGACCAGAAUAAUCUUGCAACAGAAAGGGCAUUCCUAUGCUUGUAUUGCACAAAAACGGUGCUCUGCAAUUCUUGCCAUUCCGCGCUGCACGAGCUGAAACAUCAAAAUGCGUCGGACUGGAGCCUGUGCAAGCCACAUCACAUCCACAUCGAAGCUCCUGCCGACGACUGGGACGAGAAAGUUAAGAGAAUGUUUCCAGGUCCUGGAAUAGAAUCUGGUAAGGAGACCUUUCAGGGUUGGCUAGCGGGACUGAAUGAGAAAAGGGAAGGUGUAUGGAAGAAUAAAACAUGGAAAACAAAAUGGCUGUAUAAGAAUAUUACGAGUUGCUACGGGAAAAGUAAUAGUUAA